UAGACGCUGGACAGCUCCUCGAGAGGGCGUGGUCGCGCCGAACUCCAUUUCCCAGCAGGCUCCGAAGUCUCAGCUCCGAGACAUCCGGGAUGCUACUUCCGGAGACUACCACGUGACUUUGCCGGCUGCACCAUGGCGGAAGCAGAGAAGGACGUGUCGGUGGAGGAAUCCACAGAUGAGUCAGAGGAAGAAGAAAGUGAAGAAGAGCCCAAACUGCGAUAUGAAAGGCUUUCCAAUGGGGUGACUGAAAUUCUACAGAAAGAUGCCGCCAGUUGCAUGACGGUACAUGAGAAGUUUCUGGCCCUGGGCACGCAUUACGGCAAGGUUUAUUUGCUCGACGUCCAAGGGAAUAUCACUCAGAAGUUUGACAUCAGCCCCGUGAAGAUCAAUCAGAUUAGCCUGGAUGAGAGCGGAGAGCACAUGGGCGUGUGCUCCGAGGACGGCAAGGUGCAGGUGUUUGGACUGUACUCUGGGGAGGAAUUUCAUGAGACCUUUGACUGUCCAAUCAAAAUCAUCGCUGUUCACCCCCAGUUUCUGAGGUCCCACUGCAAGCAGUUUGUAACUGGAGGAAAGAAGUUGGUGUUGUUUGAGAGAUCGUGGAUGAGCAGAUGGAAAUCUUCUGUUUUGCACGAAGGAGAAGGCAACAUAAGAAACGUAAAGUGGAGGGGAAAUCUAAUCGCCUGGGCCAAUAACAUGGGUGUAAAGAUCCUCGACGUCAUAUCAAAGCAGAGAAUCACCAAUGUGCCCCGAGAUGACAUCAGCCUCCGCCCAGAUAUGUACCCUUGCAGCCUCUGCUGGAAAGAUAACGUCACCCUCAUCAUUGGCUGGGGCUCCUCCGUCAAGAUCUGCUCGGUGAAGGAACGGCAUGCCAGUGAAAUCCGAGACCUGCCCAACCGCUACGUCGAAAUAGUUUCGCAGUUCGACAUGGAAUUCUACAUUAGUGGGCUCGCGCCUCUCUGCGACCAGCUCGUGGUGCUCUCCUAUGUCAAGGAGACCUCGGACAAAAUGGAGAGGGAAUACUGUGCCCGGCCGAGACUGGACAUCAUUCAGCCCCUUCCCGAGACCUGUGAAGAGAUCUCUUCGGAUGCCCUCACAGUGAGAGGUUUUCAGGAGAAUGAGUGUCGAGACUACCACCUGGAGCAUUCCGAAGGUGAGUCGCUCUUUUAUAUCGUCAGUCCCAGGGAUGUGGUUGUGGCCAAGGAACGGGACCAAGACGACCACAUCGACUGGCUCCUCGAGAAGAAGAAAUAUGAGGAAGCUCUGCUGGCUGCCGAAAUUAGCCAAAGGAAUAUUAAGAGGCACAAGAUUCUGGACAUAGGCCUGGCCUACAUAAGUCACCUGGUGGAGAAAGGAGAGCAUGACAUGGCAGCCCGCAAAUGUCAGAAAGUUCUUGGGAAAAACGCAGCUCUCUGGGAAUAUGAAGUUUACAAAUUUAAAGAAAUUGGACAGCUUAAGGCGAUCAGCCCGUAUUUGCCACGAGGGGAUCCCGUCCUGAAGCCGCUCAUCUAUGAAAUGAUCCUACACGAGUUUUUGGAGAGCGACUACGAGGGCUUUGCGACGCUGAUCCGAGAGUGGCCCGGGGACCUCUACAACAACUCGGUCAUCGUCCAGGCUGUCCGGGACCACCUCAAGAAGGACCCCCAGAACACGACGCUGCUCCGAACACUGGCCGAGCUGUACACCUACGACAAGAGCUACAGCCAGGCCCUGCAGAUCUACCUGACGCUCCGCCACAAGGACGUCUUCCAGCUGAUCCACAAGCACAAUCUCUUCAGCGCCAUCCAAGACAAGAUCGUGCUGCUCAUGGACUUCGAUUCCGAGAAAGCCGUGGACAUGCUUCUGGACAACGAGGACAAGAUUUCCAUAAAGAGAGUCGUGGAAGAACUGGAGAACCGGCCCGAGCUGCAGCACGUGUACUUGCACAAGCUUUUCAAGAGAGACCAUCACAAGGGCCAGCGCUUCCACGAGAAGCAGAUCAGCCUUUAUGCCGAGUACGAUCGCCCCAACCUGCUCCCGUUUCUCCGAGACAGCACCCACUGCCCCCUGGAGAAGGCUCUGGAGAUCUGCCAGCAGAGGAACUUCGUGGAGGAGACGGUCUACCUCCUGAGCAGGAUGGGCAACAGCCGCAGCGCCCUGAAGAUGAUCAUGGAGGAGCUGCACGACGUGGACAAGGCCAUCGAGUUCGCCAAAGAGCAGGACGACGGCGAGCUGUGGGAGGAUCUGAUCCUGUACUCCAUCGACAAGCCGCCCUUCAUCACGGGCCUGCUGAACAACAUCGGCACCCACGUGGACCCCAUCCUGCUCAUUCACCGCAUCAAGGAGGGCAUGGAGAUCCCGAACCUGCGGGACUCGCUCGUCAAGAUCCUGCAGGACUACAACCUCCAGAUUCUGCUUCGGGAAGGCUGCAAGAAGAUCCUGGUGGCCGACUCCUUGUCUCUCCUGAAGAAGAUGCACCACACGCAGAUGAAGGGGGUCCUCGUCGACGAAGAAAACAUCUGUGAGUCGUGCCUGUCCCCGGUGCUCCCUCCAGAUGCGGCCAAGCCCUUCAGCGUGGUCGUCUUCCACUGCCGUCACAUGUUCCACAAGGAGUGUCUGCCCGUGCCCAGCAUGAAUUCCAGCGGACAGUUCUGUAACAUCUGCAGCGCCAAGAACCGCGGCCCGGGCAGCGCCAUCUUGGAGAUGAAGAAGUAGCAGCUCCUCCUUGGGCCGGGAGAGUCCUUUCUGCCCCUCCCCCCAAACACAGAUUCACACCCGGCCUGUGUGCUGCCGCCUCUUCUUUCCCUCGCCCGUCUUCCUGGAAGUUGGGUCACGUGUGCCCCCAGCACGCCCCCCUUCAGCAUCCAGAGGGUGGGGCCGGACAAGGCCAGUCCUUUGGCCAGGCAGGGGAUGAGCCCCUCCCGGGGAGGCCAGGUGGGGAGCAGGGCCCUGCAGGCACCUUGGGGGGAGGGGGCCUUCUCCAGGACCCCGUGGGUGCUGAGCAGGGCUUGGGGGAGGGGCUCCUUGGUGAUCCCAGAAGGUCUCCUGGGGGGCUCAGUUCCGGCUCCCUGACAGUGCCCCGAAGCUCUCCAAAGCCCCCAGGGAAGCGCGGGCACCCUCUGACUAGCCGUAGGACCGCUACUUGUCUGCCUGCGUUUCUUCAUCUACAACAGCGGCACUACAGGCCUGUGGGUGGUGCCUGCUGUGUGCUGAGCCCGUUACAAAUAGCCGGGCCUCGCAGCCGCCCUGGGGAUGGGCGGCGUCAUCCCCCUUUUACAGCGGAGGAAACUGAGGCCCCGUGUUUAAAUGACAGCCCCUCCCCCCGAGCCCUGGGUGCUACGUCCCGGCCUUGGCCCUGGCAGGAGCCAAUCCAGCCUCCCGGGCAGCGGGCAGGCGCCCAGCUGGCCAGAUCCCUCCCUUCCCCAGAGGCGGCGGCGGGAACCCUCAGGGCGGGGAAGGCAGGCAGGGCCCCUCUCCAGGCCGCGCGGCAGCUCCCAACCCUCCCUGUGAGGGCGCCUCAUUGGCUUUCAUGGAAGAGGCUUCAGCGAGCAGGCGAGCACGCCGCCCGCCGGUGCCUCCCUGUGCGCGUCCCUGCAUCCCUGCACGCUCUCCCACUUCACGAGGGGCCCGGGCCACUCCGCUGUGAGACGGGCUGGCGGGGCACUCCAGGGUCCAGAGUGGGAUUUCCUUCCUGGGACCCGGGGAUGGCUCUGGCUCCGCCCUCAGGAGGCCCGUCCCUCUCCUGGCAUCUUGCCUGCUCCCGCCCCCGGCCGGCCAUCUCUGCCUUCUCUGGGCUCCCCCCGCCCGACCUGUCUCGCACACAGCCAACAAAACGGCUCCCUUUGGGUACAGCCACGACCACCUCACACCUGCCCAGUCAACGCCGGUCUAGAUUCGUUUGUACCAUAUUACAUCAUUUCUCCAUUUGUGUUGGGUUAUACUGAAUAGAAACCCAUUUUGAUGUUGUGUUGAAGAGAAGCUCGGCUUACCUGUC